AUGCCCAGACAAAAUAAAUCAAAUUCAGUAAAGCAAAGACAUGAUCCUCUUCAUGUCGAGAUUGCCGCCGAUGAAAAAUUGCAAAAGUAUGGCAAUGUCUCGCGGCCUGGAAAGCGAAAAGGUGGUAAGAAACAAGACGAAGAGGAACAAGAACCGUUCCUUGACAGUAAAACCUCGCGCAAGAUUUUGCAACUCGCCAGAGACCAGCAAGAGGAACUCGAGCUCAAAGAAGAGUUAAAUGUGAAUGAGAAGGAGGCUCAAAGGAUAGAACCGGGCUAUCGAGAAAAUGUCCAACUCGAGAGCGAUGAUGAAGAUGAAUUCGACAAUGGUGCAGACUCUGAUGUUGAAGAAUAUGAGGAGAUCGAAAUAGACGAGGAAGACUUGAAUGCGCUCGACAAAUUCAUGCCUGCAGACGCCCUACAAAGAAAGACUCUUGCAGAGAUUAUUCUCGAGAAACUACAGGAUGCCGAGGACCAAGCAGAGGACCAGGAAACCCAAAAACCAAAGGUCCAAUUCGAGGCCGCCAAGUCCUCCAAAGAUCCCUCGAAGCCUCUUGAUCCCACGGCUGGUCUUGAUCCAAAGGUUGUCGAAGUAUAUACAAAACUUGGAGUGUUCCUCUCACGGUACCGCUCGUCCUCUCUACCAAAAGCAUUCAAAAUUAUUCCAUCUCUGCACAACUGGGCUCGUAUCCUCGCCAUUACCAAACCUGAAAACUGGUCGCCACACGCCAUGCGAGCUGCUACGCGUAUUCUCGUAUCCAAUUUGAAACCUGAUCAAUGUCGCGUCUUCUUGGAAGGCGUUCUACUGCCCGCGGUGCGCGACGAUAUUGCGGAGCAUGGCAAGCUGAAUGUGCACUACUUUGAGGCUUUGCUCAAGAGCGUGUACAAGCCUGGUGCAUUCUUCAAAGGAAUCCUGUUUCCGCUGUGUGAGGGUGGUUGCACUCUCAAAGAGGCCUCGAUAGUUGGCAGCGUACUCAGCCGCGCCUCUGUCCCCAUUUUACACUCUGCCGCGGCCUUGUUGAGAUUAUCACGCAUGAAGUAUUCAGGACCGAACUCCCUCUUCAUUCGUAUUCUACUCGAUAAAAAGUACGCACUGCCGUACAAGGUUGUCGAUGGACUGGUCGAGCACUUUAUCAUCCUUUCCAAUACCUAUAAAGGUCGACGAGACCGAGGGCAGAGCGAGAAGCUCCCCGUCUUGUGGCAUCAAAGUUUGCUAGUGUUUGCUCAAAGGUAUGCAGCAGAUAUUACACCAGAGCAAAAGGAUGCGCUACUCGACGUGAUUCGAGUGAACCCUCAUCCUCAAAUCAGUCCAGAGGUUCGAAGAGAACUCGUUAGUUCCGUUGCACGAGGAGAACCCAGAGAUGCAAUGGAGGUAGAUGCUACAGGUAAUUAA